UUCGGUUACUUGCUUCUUCUAGCUAGUAGAUAUAGUGCUGCGCUUCUCUUUAUAUUCUAAGAGGGUGAGAUAGAUAAGUAGAGAGAAAAAGAAAAGAGAGGCGAAUUGAGAGAAAGUGAAAAGGUGAGAGAGCGGGACAAUACUUUAUAAGAGAAAGAGAGAGAAAGGGGAAAUAUCGAGAGCGAGAAGAAAGAGAGAAAAGAAAGAAACGGAAAAUGUAAAAAGGGUAGAAAGGAAGCAAUCUUAAGAAGAAAUCGGUGAUAGAACAUAUAAAGAUAAGAGAGUCGGAAGGGUGCAAGAUUACGAUCGGACGACCCGUUCUAGACCCGUUUCCCCGAAUCAAGACACACCAGAAACUUCUGAAAAUCUGUCCUUUGUCUCGAGAAUAUCUUCCUGAUUUAUUUCGUCAUCCCUUAUCGGUGUUCCGUGCGGGGGAUGGACUCGCGACGGUGAUCCAAGACGAGAGUCGUGAAGCGCGAAUUAUUUUCAAUGAAUACACGCGUAAUAUACACGCACAUAUACACAUAUCGUCAUGGCAGAACGGAGGUGACCGGAUGCCGGGCGGUGCAGUGAUUCGAUUGAUUCGCUGAAGAGUGUUCGUGGCUUCCACCGAACUUCCGAGUGCCGCGUUAAGUGAAUGUACGUGUACGUGCGUGCGUUUGUGUCUCUCUUACUGCGUGCGUGCUUGCGAACGAGCGCGAAUCGGGGCCUUAUACAGUGAUCCCUUAGGCGCUCUUGUGUACGUGCGCCUCGCGAAGGAAGAAAAAGGCGGCGAGUCCCGUCUAGUUUAUCCGAGGUGGUCCAGCCAAGUGAGAGCAUCAUCAUCGUCAUCAUCGUUAUCGUUCUCGUCAUCAGCCCCAUCUGCGCGCUGUCGCAUUUCAAUCAGCAUAACACAGAGGAAGCGACGGCCGGACGCGCGCGCUUUAUCAAGCUUUCUUCGAUCCUUGUGGUAGGAAAUCGCAGGGAUUAAUCGAUAUCGGGAAAUAGAGAAAGAGAGAAAGAGAGGGAGAGAAACGACGAGGCGGACGAGCGUCCGGAGAUUGCGGCAACGCGCUUGACCGAGACGGCGGCGGUGACUCUCGAUCGGCCGAGAGAGGAGGUGGCGAGAUCCCGACGAAGAUGAUGUUCGGUAGGAUCAGACGAGAGGAGGUCUUCUCCGGCAAUGGCUGAUCGCCGCGAUGUCCGCGGCGUAUGAGCCGCUCUAUCGCGAGGACAACGACAUCAUCAUCAUCAUCAUCAAAGUGUCCGCAUAGCAGCCGAAUCCGGGAUCUACGCGAUUGUGAGUGGUGGGCAAACGAGAAACGUGUACGGAGGAUGAAGGGACGGUCCCUUGUAAAGGAGGAACUAUUGCAUUGUCACGAGUGAAUCGCGAGCGGUGUCGAGAAGUGUCACAGUCGCAGCAGCCAAGCUGCAGCGAGCGCGGCGGAACGCGCGUCGAGAGAGAAAGAGAGAGAGAGAGAGAGAGAGAACGGGAGAGUCAAGUGGACGCGCGUCACUUCCGUAAACAAUCAUGAGCAAGGGUGAGUGAACGUCGACCCGCAUAGUGCCGCGAUCGAACGAAUCGGAAGAAGUUUGCGUGAUCAGACGAACUAUUCAAGAGACUCGAAGCGGCAAAGUUUAAUUUUCGCGACUUAGAUUACUGUGACGAUUGUUCGAGAUAACGAUACUGUGAAGUUGCGAUGAACAGUUGUUGACGAAUGUUGACAGGAGGAUCAAUGAAGUCUGAUUUGAUCCUCUCGAGACAAUAGGUGAGGUGAAAGUGAAGAGCGCACCGCAAGUGAAAAAGGACCGAUCAGGAUCACUGCUCCGUGAUCAAGUGAGUUUAUCACUUUUUCUAUUUUUUUCUUUCUUUUCAGCCUCAAACUUUCACGAUUAAGACACGAUUUAUAUCUGUCAAAUGAAACGUCAAGGAUCAAACUGAUCGAUAUAUAUAGAUCGCGAUACUCGGCGCUUUUGACAAGCCUCUCGAAGGGGAUUCGGUCGGCGUUGGUCAGACUCAAUAAAACAUACUUUCAAUACGACAUGAGACAUAAAAUACAACGCGCUCGUUUUAGCCGGAUGGAAAUCGGCAUCUCGAUCCCGAUCAACCGUGAUUCGCUAGUACUCUUGAUAUUAUCGUACGCGACCUUGAACCCCGUGUAUCAAGUAACCAGGUUCGCGCUAUAAUUCACGUCUGAAUCGUGAAAAAAAUCGUCGCUCUCGAAAGACAGUCCGAUUCGACACGCUCGGGGUUACAUCCGAUCCAGUGUCCAGACGGCAGAGGGACGGCAGAAGGACGAGGAGGCGAAAGAGGAGGACGAGGACGAGAAGGUGGAAGAAAAAGAGGCGGGGGGGGAGGUGACGAGAAGAGAGCGGGCAGCGCCAAGGAGGAGGAAGAACUUCCUCGGCGCGCGAUCGUACGAAGACACGAGCGUGAAACGUGCGCUUGUAAUUCGGCGUGGCUACCUUCGAGGAUGAGCGACGGCGGUCAUGCCGUGUAAUUCGAAGGUGUAUCACGCCACCGUCGCAUCGUGCACGAUCGUCGCCGCCACCGCCACCGCCGCCACCGCCGCCGCCACCACCACCGCCGUCAUCGCCGUCGUCGUCCUCGUGGUGAAGCUGAGAUUGAGACACGGCAGAGUCGCAGAGACACCGCCGGAAAGAUGAGCUCGAUCGACUUUGAUGAGGUGCUGGUACACGUGGGAGAGAAGGGCCGCUACCAGAACAUCAUGUACUACUUGCUGUGCAUACCCGCCACCCUGCCGGCCGUCUUCUUGGCGUUCUCGCAAGUGUUCGUGAGUGCCUCGCCAGAACACUGGUGCAGGAUACCGGAGUUGGAGAACCUGACGGAUCUGAUGACAUUGGAGGAGAGGAAGGCGCUCUCGCUGCCCUACACGUACAAGUCCGACAACAGGAGGGUUUACUCCAAAUGUCACAUGUACGACGUGAAUUACACGGAGAUAAUCGAUUCGUGGCUGCAUUACACCGACGAUCUGCAAAACGUCACCAAUGACAAAUCGGCCACGUUUUUUCGUCCGUCGACAAGCCGAUCGCUGCCGGUCAGCAGCCCCGACUGGCCGAUCACCAAGUGCCAAUACGGGUGGAACUACGAUACCAGGGACUAUGACAGCACCCUCGUAACCGAGCUAGAUCUGGUAUGUGACAACAGCUGGUGGCCUUCCACGUCGACGACUUUCUUCUAUGUGGGCAGUCUCUUCGGCAACGUCGUCUUCGGAUGGAUUGCCGACAAAUGGGGCAGAAGAACGGCCGUCUUCGCCAUCCUGUUCCUCGAGGUGCCAUUCUCCAUCGCCACGAGCUUCAGUCCGAAUUACGUGAUCUAUACCGCGCUGAGGACUGUGAAUGGUCUCUUUUUUCCUGCCAUUUAUCAGAUACCUUUUAUACUUGCUCUCGAACUGAUGGGACCAAGAUACCGAACAUUUGCCGGGAUGGUAAUCAGUAUGUUCUUCGCUACGGCAAUGUCUCUUUUGGCGUUGCUGGGUUAUUUGUUAAGGCACUGGUACUCAUUAUCGUUAGCCACAUCGGUGCCUUUCAUUCUUCUCUUCAGUUAUUAUUGGAUCAUCCCGGAGUCACCGCGGUGGCUUCUCAGUAAGAACAGAAUAGACGAAGCGGAAGUAAUCGUCCAGCAUAUGGCAAAGGUCAACGGCAAAACGGUGCCUACGAACUUUCUCAGAAAAAUGGAGGUAGAAAUAUUAAAAAGGCAGGGAAUAUCGUGUAACGGUAAGAACUCCAACGAUGGCAGCAUCGACGUGGAGGGCGAGAACAGAUCGCCACCGUCGUCCGCGACACCCAUGGACCUGAUUAGGAAUCCAAACAUCAGAAAAAAGUUCUUUAUUCUCGCUUUCGAUUGGGUGGCGAACGCGGUGGUAUACAACGGAUUAUCCUACAACACGACCAAUCUAGGUGUCUCCGAUUACCUGGCUUUCUUUAUCGGCGGUAUCGUAGAGAUUCCAUCGUACUUUAUUACGUGGUACGCAAUGGACAGAUUGGGCAGACGAUGGGUAUUAUGCAUGACCAUGAUGCUGGGUGGACUCGCUUGCGUGUCAUGUAUGUUCGUGCCCGAAGACGCGGUUUGGGUGACCGUAAGCCUGGCGAUGAUCGGAAAAUUCGGCAUCGCUGCGUCCUUCGCCGUCUUCUACGUCUUCGUCGGUGAACUACUGCCGACCGUACUAAGGUCUCAGGCGAUGGGCAUAGCUUCUUUCAUCGCCGGCAUCGGCCUCCUCACCUUUCCCUACAUCGUUCAUUUGGCGGAAUACUCGAGAGUCUUACCCCUAAUCGUGAUGGGCUCGUUGAGUGUUGCCGGCGCCCUUACUUCUGUAUUCCUGCCGGAGACGCUCAACAUUCACCUGCCGCAGACGAUCGAGGAGGGUGAGCAGUUCGGGGCUGAUUUCAAAUUGUGGUCCUGUCCGACGUUACCAAGAAAAAGCUCCAGCAAAUCCGAGUCCGUGCCGUUGAAGUAUCUGGUGAACGGCGGACCGGGUAGUCGUUCGUCUACCUCGAAGGUCGCGUCGCAGGAAGUCGCGACUACAUCGGAGAGCGAGAAGCCAACUGACCUGCAGUCUUCGAAGGAAGAAGAGGCGAAGAACUUAAACGUAUCCAAGGAAGAGGAGCUGACGAACAUCGAGACGGUUGUCGGGUCGAAAACAUUUAGCGCGAUAGUGGAAGUGCACAUGUGCCCUCGCAAUAAACCGAGAGAAAGAGAGAAAGAGAGAGAGACAAUCUUAUAAAUUGAUUCUCUUUACAAACAUUGUGUUAUAUGAUUAUCAGUAUAGACACACGCACGUUGUAUUUAUUUUUCCAUUUAUUAUAAUGUACUUCCAUUGUAAAACCUGCCUGAGUUUGUCGACAACACUGGCACGGCUUGAUCCUUGCCUCUUUUUCUGUGCUGCAAGAGAGUGUACUGUUGUCGUGAUGUAUGCGUGUGCGUGAUUGAGGAUCAGUGCCGUGAGAACUUUAAAGCGUAACGCCUAUACUUUUUUAUGUUUUUGAUUAGAUGUGGAUUUUGCAUUUUGUCCUUACGUUAUUAAACAAGAGAGUCUUGUUGUGAUUUCAAUUAGUUUAAAUAAAAUAUCUUAAUAUCUAUAUCGA